GCGUCUCGUUGUGGGCCGUGGACCAGGACCGUGGCUUCCCGACUAGGCCAUGGACCAGGGCGUUUGCUUUUUUUGUCUGGCCAGGAUCAGAUAAGGAGUCCAAGACGGGGUUCGCUGUCUGAGCCGCCCCGUGCGUGAAGGCUAAAAAAAUGAAAGAUAUCUCCUUCCCUUUCCUCGCCGCCGUCAAAGACAGAAAAGGGAGACAGUUCGCCGAGGCUGCUCUAGUCGGUGGCGGCGCCGGUGCCGGAGCUUCGCCGUCUGUCAAGUACGCUGAGGGAAUGGAGUUCCUACUUGAUGUGGUCGACAGAUUCCCCGUGCAGGAGGAGUUUGCUGACAGUCUUGACCACCCAGAUCCAGUCCCACUCGUUUACAUGAUGGAGAACGGGGGUGCGAAUCCGGAGAUUGGUCAGGCAGAUUCUGGGAUGGCUGAGAUGGUGUGCGACGGUGUACUGACUGACGCUCAAGGAGGUGCCCGGCGUCGCCGUGAUGAAUCUCAUACGAGGUCUGCUCAAUCGAUUGACAGAGUUAAUCCAGAGGCCCCCGGCUGGACUAAAAGGCAUCGGCUGGGGAGCGCGCCACCGGGCCGUGUGCCCUGUCCAUCAAGAAUGAGCGCCCUCGAGCUGUCGAUUCGCAAAUAUGCAAAGCACCAUGACAAGAGCGUGGUGCGACCUGAGCUAGGUUUAAGUUUUGAUUCGCUGGGUGAGGCGUAUGAUUUCUACAACUUAUAUUCUUGAGAAAUCGGGUUUGGGAUAAGAUACGGAAAAAGCAGACUCAACGCCCAGAGGACAAAGAGCAUGCAGUUUGUGGUUGCUCGGUGAGUGGCCAUUUACUUGCAGAUAAAGGAAAAUAAACAUAUGUACUGAUUGCUUGUAGAAGGCAAGUGCUGGGCUA